AUGAGAUUGAGGUGAGUUUAGGGGAGAUUUCGCAACAUUUUUUGAUUUUUCUUCAAUUUUCGUUCAAAAUUUUGAAAAUCAAAUUUUCGCGCCAAAUUCUUGAUUUUGAUACUUUUGAAAUCGCAGAAGAAGAAUCCACGUGGCAUUUAGAGAUUAGCAAAAUCAACUGGAAAAUUUGGCAAAAAAGUAGAUCAAAAAUCCACGUGGCUUUUUGCUUCACAAAUCCACGUGGAAACUUCUAGAGUCCUAAAAUCCACGUGGCAAAUGAAUCUAGAUUUCGAAUUCGAAAAAUCAGAAAUUUCGAGAGCACUAACAAGAUCCACGUGGCAAAUGUAGAGCUCACAUUUUAGGGUUCAAAAAUCCACGUGGCAAAUCGAUUAGACCAAAUUUCGAGAGCAUUAAGAUCCACGUGGAAACUUCUAGAGUCCUAAAAUCCACGUGGCAAAUGAAUAUAGAUUUCGGAACCUAAAAAUCAGAAAUUUCGAGAGCACUAACAAGAUCCACGUGGCAAAUUCUAGACUUCCUGAAAAAACCCGAACAUUUUGCAGAUCCCCCACAAAAGCCCUAGUUACUGUGGCCCUUUUGGGUUCUCUAACAUUCGCCGACGAUUCUUCAACAUCCACUGAAUCCUCAUCAACACCAUCGGAACUCGAGCUCGCACCACAAAACGAUGACGUCAUCUCGCCGCCCAUAGUUUUGGCGAAGGAUAUGCGAUCGCGAGCCUCUCGACUCGGCGCCUUCCAAUCGAUGGGUGGCGGCUAUGGAAGUUAUGGUCGAGGAGGUGGAGGUGGAGGUCCAUUCGGUGGCUUCCAAGGUGGAUACGGUCAAGGUGGAUUCGGAGGCGGCGGAGAUGGUGGAUAUGGCGGAGGUGGAUACGGCGGGGGAGACGGCGGCUAUGGCGGAGGAUACGGAGGUGGAGGUGGUGGAUAUGGCGGGAACGGAGGCGAUGGAUAUGGCGGAUACGGAGGCGGUGGUUAUGGGGGAAUGGGCGGCGGACCAGGAGGCUACGGUAUGGGAGGAUAUGGCGGAGGAGGUGGAGAUGGUGGCUUCGGAGGCGGAGGUUAUGGCGGAAACAUGGGAGGAGGAUAUGGUGGAGGUGGAUACGGUGGAAUGGGCGGAGGUGGAGGAUACGGAGGAGGUGGUUAUGGAGGAGGAGGAGGAGAUGGUGGAUAUGGACCUGGAGGCGGUUACGGAGGUGGUGGAUAUGGACCAGGAGGAGGAUAUGGAAUGGGUGGAGGAGGUGGAGGAGGAUGUCCGAAUGGAGAAUGUCGGGGAAGGAAGUGA